AUUUAAAUUGCGUAUAUACUUUUUAAAUUUUUAUUUAUAAGCUUAUCAGUUUUGCUGAAAGUGGAUUCAAAGCAAGUAUACACGAAAAAUUAUUUAGUUAUUUCUUUGGUUUGAAAUGGCAACAAGGUUCUGGAAACGACCUGAAAAUCUUGAAUUUCCUAAAAUUUAUUCAAAGUUUCUUGCUGCUGAUAUUAAUAGAGGAGAUGAACUAGUGGAAUAUAGUAUUAUUGAUAUACCAGAAGGUCGAUACGAUGAAGCCUGUAAAUUUAUGAUAACACAUUUCAUACCCUACGAACCAAAACUGGUUUCUCGGGAUGCAAAGGAUGAUAUUGCUGUGGCUGAAGAUUAUUACAAAAGAUACAUGUAUGGAAUUAAGCAGAAGGUUUCUGUAGCUUGCAUUAAAACAGGAUCUGAGGAUUUUAUAGCCGUAAAUAUACUUGAAGUACAAGGACGUAAUGAUUCAAAUAUAAGUUUUAAACCGCAGUCAAAGACUUCUAUUGACAUAAUGGAAGCGAUCAAUUACAUAGAAGAUAAAGCUGAUUUAUUUAAUCGUCAUAUGGUUGAUUACUACUUAUCAGGAACCGGAUUGGCAAUUGAUCCUCAAUAUAGAGGGAAAGGUAUAGCAACUGAAAUGAUUAAAGCAAGAACUUCAAUACUACAUUUUUUGAAUCUUAAGCUCACAUCAACUGGUUUUUCUUCAGUUGCUGCUCAGAAAGCAGCAGUAAAAGCUGGACAUUUUUGUGACCUUUCAAUCAGUUACGAAGAACUAGCCAGUAAAAGCGAGAAUUGGAACUUUUUAGGAACUGAAACAAAAAACUACAUCCAAAUGAGCUUGAAGAUAUGAGGAACUUUCUAAGUUAAAAAUAAAAACGUGAUUUUUU